AUAUUUAUCUCUCGUUAGUUGUGCUUCAGCCGUUCAACAGUAAACAUCAAAAUGGUACUAUCUAUGGAGAGAUGGCAGGGCAAGGUGGCAGUAGUAACAGGUGCAAGUGCCGGCAUUGGAGCUGGCAUUGCUAAGAAAUUAGUGGAGGAAGGCUUGAAAGUCGUCGGCUUAGCCAGAAGAGUGGAACGAGUCCAGGAGUUGGCCAACUCACUGUCAGGAGCCAAAGGCAAAAUGUACGCAGUAAAAUGCGACAUGACUUCAGAAGACGACAUCCUGAACGCCUUCAAAUGGACCAAAGACAACGUUGGACCAGUCUCAAUCCUCGUCAACAACGCCGGCAUCAUCCAACCCACCAACAUGAUCGACGGCGACACCAAGAUGUGGAAGAAGCUGCUGGACACCAACGUUCUGGGCUUGUGCAUCGCCACAAAGGAAGCUGUGACCCAAAUGAGGCAAAACGACAUCGCCGGUCACAUAAUCAACAUCAACAGCAUCGCAGGUCAACGAAACAUUUAUUUCCCCCAAAUAAACCUGUACACAGCCUCAAAGCACGCCGUCACCGCCGUAACGCAGACCUUCUCCAAAGAGUUGAACGCCCACAAUUUGAAAAUCAAAAUGACCAGCAUCAGUCCCGGAACUGUCACCUCGGAAAUUCUGGAAACCAACAACUUUGUUAUGGAGGAAGAUGUCCUGAAGAAGCAGAGGGAAAUCACACCUCAGAUCGAAGCUGAGGACAUUGCCGAUGCGGUCGUCUACGUUUUGUCAACCAAUCCUAAAGUACAGAUCCCAGAGUUGACCAUUCAACCUGUUGGGGAAACAUUCUGAAGCUUAUGUAUUAUAUGUGAUAUGUUACCAAAAUUCUAAAAUAAAUAAAACUCAGUUCUUGCAA